UACAUCUACAUCUACAUCUACAUCAACAUCAACAUCAUCUACGUCAUCAACUACUAAACAUAACGAAGGGCCACAUACAGUCCAUGCCAAUGUAAUUCUAUCAUUAUUAGCAUUUAUCAUAUCGUUUGUAUUAUACAUUUAAAUUAGAUAACAUAAAAUUCUCUAACUUAUAGAUGUUAUAUAUGCACAUAGUCAUAAUUAAAAAAAAAAUUGCAACUAUUACCUCAUUGGGGUCAACUAUUGCGGUAUGGGUCCAUCUCUCAAACUUACUUAAGUACAGUACUAAAAAAAAAAUUGUUGCGAGAGAAGAGCAUCUUGAAAAAGAUUGAGAUCCAGAACCAACUAAGCUUAAUAGGACCAAACAGAACAACCACUAAGUAUUAAGGAUGGUGAAGUCAUAUGAUCGUUAUGACCAAGAAAAGGUGUUUGGGGUGAUUUCAUCCCAGUCCAACAUUCUUUGGCUUGAACCUUCAAUUACUCAAUCAUCGACCUCAUUAGGACGAGCUAUAACAUCAGGUUUAGAAGAAAUAAUAAUAUGGGAUAUUAAAACGGGAGAAAUCUUACAAAAAUUUAGUGAUGGGUUAACUCCUGGAUCUACAAAUGCAUCUAGUUCUAUUGCUCCAUCACCUGUAGUAUAUUUAACCUAUCAUUCUGAGUCAAAUAUAUUAGCCAGUGGUUAUAAUGAUGGAUCAAUUAAAUUAUGGGAUUUAACAAGUGGAGAAGUAUUAAUAUCUUUUACUGGACAUAAAUCAGCUAUAAGUAUUUUAAAAUUUGAUAAAAGUGGAACUAGAUUGGUUUCAGGUUCACAAGAUUCUUCAAUUAUAAUAUGGGAUUUAGUAGGAGAAGAAGGAUUAUUUAAAUUAAAGGGUCAUAAAAGUCAAAUUACUGGUUUAUUCUUUUUAUCAGGAAUUGAAAAUGGUAAUAUUGAUGAAAUGGAUGAUUAUUUAUUAUCAUGUUCAAAAGAUGGAUUAAUUAAAUUAUGGGAAUUAAAAUCUCAACAAUGUAUUGAAACUCAUUUAGCUCAUUCAAAUGAAUGUUGGUCAAUGGGAAUAAAUUCUGUAAAAGAUUUAAUAAUUACUAGUGGGAAUAAAGAUCAAGUUAAAUUAUGGACUAUAGAUUUAAAUUUGGAUGAUGGACAAAAGAUAAAGGAAGUUGGAAGUUUUGAAAAGCAAAGUAAAAGUAAAUGUAAUGAAAUUACUUUUAAAUCUAUCAAGACUCAAGAAUUAUUUUCUUUACAAAAUUCUGAUCGUACUAUUGAAAUAUUUCGUUUAAGAUCUGAUGAUGAAAUUAAAAAGGGUAUAGCCAAAAGAUCCAAAAGACUUAAAGAGAAAGGUUAUGAAGAUGAUGAAAUCUUACAAAGUAUUGAAGAAUCUCAAGUUAGUAUGAUGGUUACUCCAUUUACAACUUUAAGAACUACUAGUAAAAUUAAAUCUGCAACAUUUAUUAAUAAUUCUAAAAAGAAAAAUAAACUUGAUAUAUUAAUUUCACUUACUAAUAAUAGUAUUGAAUAUCAUAAUAUUCCAAUUCCAGAAAAUCUUAAAAAGGCUUCAGCUACUGGAGAAAUUUAUUCUGUUAAACAAAAUACAAUUGAUUUAUUAGGUCAUAGAACUGAUAUUAGAACCAUGGAUAUUUCUAAUGAUGGUAAAUUACUUGCCACUGCAUCUAAUGGAGAACUUAAAGUAUGGAACAUAAAGACUACUAAUGUUUUAAGAACUUUUACAUUAGAAAGUGGUUAUGCAUUAUGUUGUAAAUUCUUACCUGGAGGUACUAUGAUUGUGGUUGGAUUUAAAAAUGGUGAUUUAGAAUUAUAUGAUUUAACUACUUCUUCAUUACUUGAUAAUAUUGAACAAGCUCAUAAAUUUAUUACUUCAACUGGUGAAGAAGAAGGUGCAGCAAUUUGGAGUUUAGAUUUAACUCCUGAUGGUAAAACAUUAAUAACUGGAGGUAAUGAUAAAUCCGUUAAAUUUUGGAAUUUUAAUAUUGAAUCAGAAAUAAUUCCCGGUACUAAAGAGACUAUAUCCAAAUUAAAAUUAGUUCAUUCUCAAACUUUAGAAGUCGGAGAAGAUAUUUUAUGUGUUAAAGUAUCACCAGAUUCAAGAUUACUUUCACUUUCAUUAUUAAAUAAUAAUGUACAAGUAAUUUUUAUGGAUAGUUUAAAAUUAUUUCUUACAUUAUAUGGACAUAAAUUACCAGUAUUAUCAAUAGAUAUAUCUCAAGAUUCCAAAUUAAUUAUUACAUCAUCAGCUGAUAAAAAUAUUAAGAUUUGGGGAUUGGAUUUUGGUGAUUGUCAUAAAUCAAUUUUUGGACAUCAAGAUUCAGUAAUGAAUGUUAAAUUUAUUGGUGAUAGUCAUAAUUUUUUCUCUAGUGGUAAAGAUGGAUUAAUUAAAUAUUGGGAUGGAGAUAAAUUUGAAUGUAUUCAAAAAUUAGCGGCUCAUCAAUCGGAAGUAUGGAGUUUAGCUGUUAGUCAAGAUGGAGAAAUUAUGGUUAGUACAUCUCAUGAUCAUAGUAUUAGAUUAUGGUCAAUCACUGAUGAUCAAGUAUUUUUAGAAGAAGAACGAGAAAAGGAAAUGGAUGAAUUAUAUGAAAAUAAUUUAUUAGAUUCAUUAGAAGAUGAUGAACCUACCAAAACAAAUACUAAUGAAGAUGGAGAAAUAGAUGAGGAAGAAUCUAAUGGAGUUGAAAAAGUUAGUAAACAAACCAUGGAAACUUUAAAGGCUGGAGAAAGAUUGAUGGAAGCUCUUGAUAUUGGGAUUGAAGAUAUUGAUUCUAGACAAGAAUAUAUGGAACAAUUAAGAAUCAAUAAGGCUCAAGCUAUUAAACCAUCUCCUCCAGCUAUAUUAAUGGCAUUAGGAUUAACUGGUGAAGAAUAUAUAUUACGAGAAGUUUUAAAGAUUAAAUCUUCACAAUUAGAUGAUGCAUUAUUAGUUUUACCAUUUUCUUAUUCAUUAAAAUUAUUAAAAUUAAUAGAAAUAUGGACUAAUAAAGACAAUAUUACGAAGAAUGUCGUUAAUAUGUCAUUGAUAUGUCGUUUAUUAUACUUUAUUAUUAGAAGUAAUGCUCGAGAAUUAAUAGGACAAAAGGAUCCUCACUUAAGAAAUCAAUUGAUCAAAGUGAAACAACAAUUGAGAGGAGAAUUGACUAAAACUUGUAAACAAUUAGGAGUCAAUACUCAAGGGUUGAAAUUCAUCAAACAACAAUGGAAAUUGGCUCAUGAGACAGAAUACAUUGAUGAACAAGAACAGAGAGAGUAUGAGGAUAAGAAGGCUGCUAAGAGAACGUAUGCCACUGUAGCAUAGAUACGUACCGAUAUAUAGAGUAAAAUUAACGAAUAGUUGUA